AGUACCAGUCAUCGCAAAGAAGGUUAGACUUGUGGACCAGUUCAGUAAACUUCUGACGUCUCGUUUGUCAGAUAACAUGAAUUGGAUUGGCACAACUGGUGAUUGCUAAGAGAUAUAUUAUUGAUUACAUGACCCAAACAGCUUGAGCAAUUUGUGCAGCCCUAUUCAUCUACAAGGAAAAGUUGCACUACGAAAGACAUUAUAGAUUGGAUUAGCAUUGGAUUAGAUUUGAUUUGAUUGAAUGAGAUUUGAUUAACACUUGUCUUAUUGAAUAUUUCAACGAAACUUGCCACAAUGGGAAUCUUCAUUAAAGGACAGUUCUUAUUGACAAUCCUGUGCAAUUUGAUAUCAAUAUGCGUCUGUGAAGAACGGGUGAACUCAACAUUUUUCACUCCAUACGUUAUCGAGUGUCCAGUUGUACCGCUACCGACAGGUAAUAGCCCUUGCCAAUGUAGCCCUCCAAACAUCACAGUCACGGAUGCCGACUCCCUUGCUGCAUUUCAGUAUGUCUCCUGCCAAUUGAAUCCUUAUUCGAUCAGUGAUACUAACCCAGAUCCAUUUUAUUUCCCGCGAUCCAGGAAAGUUUAUAUUAAUUGCUCAUGGAACAAUUCUCUCAGUUAUUCCGACUUUUUGAAGAGCGCGGUAAAAGAAUGUGGCGAAUUCGCCGAGGAAGUUGUUUCCAUUGGCAAUGACAAAUGCUUUACACCCUUUAACAUCACCGCCGAUUCGUAUAUCGGUCUACCUGGUCUGCAGAAAUUCUACCUCGCAUUAGAGGAUGAUGUUUCCAUCAAACCCAAUGCCUUUUCUCCCCUCAAAAACCUUGAGGUACUGGCACUGGUUAAACUUGAUUUAAAGUCUCUGCAUCCGGAGGUUUUCAGAGGUUUGACCCACCUUCGGGAACUAAGUUUGUGGGAUAAUGACAUUCGAGAACUCCCCGAUGGCAUCUUCAAUGAUCUUCAAGACUUGCAGGUACUGUCCCUCAGUAGCAAUAGCAUUACGCACAUCUCCCGUGACCUAUUGAAACCUCUCGAAUUCUUGAACACAUUAUACCUAGAUGACAAUUACAUUUCAUCCAUACAUGCUGAUGCGUUCCGUUCGAUGAGGUCCCUCGAAGAAGUGUAUUUGUCACGAAAUAACCUUGAUAAGAAGUUCAGUCUGAGUUUUUUAGGUACUGAGAAGCUUUUACUCUCCUACAAUUCAUUGACUUCAUUCACAGAGGACACUGUGCCAGGAGUCCGGGGAUAUACAACCUCGUUAGAUUUGUCGCAUAACUUAAUAUCGUCCAUUACCGAAAGGGUUUUUCAAACGGAUGAGUACUCGUCUUCGCUUUCGUACGUCGAUCUCCGUAAUAACCGUCUCGAAUCGUUGCCAACGAAUGUCUUACGAUGGGCAAGAAGGCUCACAUUCAUCGACUUUAGUUAUAACUCUUUAGAGACUCUCCACGAUGGACUCUUCGAUAUCCAGUCGAACCCUCUCGGGGAACAGAGACUAGCUGGAAAUCAGUUGGUGGUUAGGCUAGGCGGUAACCCGUUCACUUGCGACUGCCGUCUUACUUGGUUUCGUCUUUAUGACGGGCAGGCUGUUUUGAUAAGUGAUCGCGAUGACAUCGAAUGCUUUUCACCACCCAACCUGAACGGAAUACCAUUAUUCUCAAUAAGCCCUGAGCAUUUUGAGUGCCCCGUUGUCCGAUUCUCUGUGCCCGGAACAUUGUCAAUACUAGGAGAUUAUGAAGGAUCUGGGGCUUCAAACAGCUCGCCGUGUGAUCAAUGUUGAAUGUGAAUAUGAAAAUCUAACACGUAUUCCGCGAGGCAUACCAAGCAAUACUUCAUCGUUGGACCUAACCGGGAAUACCUGGAAAAAUCUUAGAAAAAGUAUGCUUGAUACUCGAAUGCCAUUAUUAAGCGACUUGACGCUUAUUAGGUGUAGUAUUGUGAGGAAAGAAAGCGGAGCGUUUAGACUCUUAAACUCAGUCCUGCAAUUGAAACUCGACGGAAAUAAUUUUCGCAAUAUAACAAAAGGAACGUUCCAGGGAUUGACUCGACUUAACACGCUGUAUUUAAACCACAGUUCCAUCAGAACUAUUGCUGAUGGGGUCUUUCUGGACACCCCAAG